GCCUAAGCAAAGUUGUACGUCCUUCGCAGAUUCCGUAGUCAGGAAGUAACGCUUUGUUUACAUCGUGAGGUUUUCAGGGGAAAAUAACUCAAACCAGAGCUGUAAAAUAGGUAAUUUGUUGGAUUUACAUGUGUUAGUAAUAUGUAAUCAUAUUGAUUGCACAUAGAUAGCAAAGGAUAUUUCAAUUCAGAAGAAAACAUUGCCCGCAGUUUGAAGCGCUAGCUAACGUUAGUUACAGUAGCUAAACGUUCUCCCCCACUGUACCAGGAUCAUUUAGCUAGCAUAUUCUAUACGUUUGUCAGUCAGCUAGAGAACGUUGUCUAGCUUUUUGUAUUAAGAUUUUGAUUUUAUUUCAGACAUGGCCGACGACGUACUCUUUGAGUUCCUCCACAUGGAGAUGGUGUCCCAUAUUUACAAAGACCAAGCCUCGAGAGGGGAAAUGGACAAGGUAGGUUAAGCUCGUAACGUCACACAUGACAGCCACUUGACAUACCCACUCAACAUUGUUUGAAAGAUUGGUCAUCAUCAAAAGGUGUGUUUGUUGAAUCCAUUAUUGGCACAUUUAGCUAUUUAUGUUUUCUUUCCACAGGAUAGGGCCACUUGUGUGUCCACUCUGGAAGGCAUGGGCUUCAGAGUAGGACAGGGGCUUAUCGAAAGGUAGGACAACAGUUUUCACUAUUGCAUAUGCCCAGUUGUACUGUAUUUCAGUUUGACCUAAGUUCCACCUUUAAGUACUUUGGUAUCAGUUUACCUGAUUGAAAUGUUGUUACCUGAAUGACAUCCUCAAUAUAUGUAGGCUAACAUUGUGUGUUUUCUGACACUCCAGGUUUACAAAAGAUUCGCCCAGCUUCAAAGAUGACUUGGAUGUCAUGAAAUUCAUCUGUAAAGACUUCUGGAUAAAUGUCUUCAGAAAGCAAAUUGACAACCUUAGGACAAACCACCAGGUGUGCCCAUAUUUGAAAGAUACUUUAGUUCAGGAAUACAGCUGCUGAUGUACCACACUACCCAUGGCCUUCCUCUCUAAUAUUCAUGGUCUUUCUUUCUUGUUUCUACACAGGGUACUUAUGUUUUACAAGACAACAAGUUUGCACUCUUGACACAGUUUUCCAGCGGGAAGCAGUACCUUGAGGAAGCUCCGAAAGUAAGACAUCCAAUCAUUUUUAAAAAGUAGACUCUAGAAACGACUCUAAAAAGAGUUGUUUCUAGUUCUACAACAGUGGUCUCAGAGAAACUACGUCUGGUAAGACGAGGGGAUGGGCUGUGUGUCUAUUUGUCAAUAACAGCUGGUGCGCGAUGUCUAAUAUUAAAGAAGUCUCGAGGUAUUUCUCGCCUGAGGUAGAGUACCUUAUGAUAAGCUGUAGACCACACUAUCUACCAAGAGUUCUCAUCUAUAUUAUUCGUAGCCGUCUAUUUACCACCACAAACCGAUGCUGGCAAUAAGACCGCACUCAACAAGCUGUAUAAGGCCAUAAGCAAACAAGAAAAUGCUUAUCCAGAAGCGUCUCUCCUAGUGCCCGGGGACUUUAAUGCAGGCAAACUUAAAUCCAUUUUACCUAAUUUCUACCAGCAUGGCACAUGUGCAACCAGAAGAAAAAAAACUCUAGACCACCUUUACUCCAUACACAGAGACGCAAAGCUCUCCCUCGCCCUCCAUUUGGCAAAUCUGACCAUAAUUCUAUCCUCCUGAUUCCUGCUUACAAGCAAAAACUAAAGCAGGAAGUACCAGUGACUAGCUCAAUAUGGACGUGGUCAGAUGACGCAGAUGCUACGAUACAUUACUGUUUUGCUAGCACAGACUGGAAUAUGUUCCGGGAUUCAUCCAAUGGCAUUGAGGAGUAUACCACCUCAGUCAUCGGCUUCAUCAAUAAGUGCAUCGACGACAUCGUCCCCACAGUGACCGUACGUACAUAUCCCAACCAGAAGCUAUGGAUUACAGGCUAAAUCCGCAUCGAGCUAAAGGCUAGAGCUGCCGCUUUCAAGGAGCGGGACACUAAUCCGGACGCUUAUAAGAAAUCCCGCUACGCCCUCAGACGAACCAUCAAACAGGCAAAGCGUCAAUACAGGAUUAAGAUUGAAUCCUACUACACUGGCUCUGAUGCUCGUUGGAUGUGGCAGGGCUUGAAAACUAUUACGGACUACAAAGGGAAACCCAGCCGCGAGCUGCCCAGUGACGCGAGCCUACCAGAUGAGCUAAAUGCCUUUUAUGCUCGCUUCGAGGCAAGCAACACUGAAGCAUGCAUGAGAGCACCAGCUAUUCCGGACGACUGUGUGAUAACGCUCUCGGUAGCUGAUGUGAGCAAGACCUUUAAACAUGUCAACAUUCACAAAGCCGCGGGGUCAGAUGGAUUACCAGGACGUGUACUCAACAGCAUCAUCCCGGAUACCCUAGACCCACUCCAAUUCGCAUAUCGCCCCAACAGAUCCAUAGAUGAUGCAAUCGCACUCCACACUGUCCUUUCCCACCUGGACAAAAGAAACACCUAUGUGAGAAAGCUGUUCAAUGACUACAGCUCAGCGUUCAACACCAUAGUGCCCACAAAGCUCAUCACUAAGCUAAGAAACCUGGGACUAAACACCUCCCUCUGCAACUGGAUCCUGGACUUCCUGGCGGGCCGCCCCCAGGUGGUAAGGGUAGGCAACAACACGUCUGCCACGCUGAUCCUCAAUACUGGGGCCCCUCAGGGGUGCGUGCUUAGUCCCCUCCUGUACUCCGUUCACCUACAACUGCAUGGCCAAACACAACUCCAACACCAUCAUUAAGUUUACUGACGACACAACAGUGGUAGGCCUGAUUAACGAUGAGAGCCUAUAGGGAGGGGGUCAGAGACCUGACAACAACCUUUUCCUCAAUGUGAGCAAGACAAAGGAGCUGAUUGUGGACUACAGGAAAAGGCGGGCCGAACAGUCCCCCAUUAACAUCGACGGGGCUGUAGUGGAGCGGGUCGAGAGUUCCUUGGUGUCCACAUUACCAACAAACUAUCAUGGUCCAAACACACCAAGACAGUCGUGAAGAGGGCACGACAAAACCUUUUCCCCCUCAGGAGACUGAAAAGAUUUGGCAUGCGUCCCCAGAUCCUCAAAAAGUUAUACAGCUGCACCAUCAAGAGCAUCCGGACCGGUUGCAUCACUGCCUGGUAUGGUAACUGCCUGGCUUCUGACCGUAAGGCGCUAAAGAGAGUAGUGCGUAUGGCCCAGUACAUCACUGGGGCCAAGCUUCCUGCCAUCCAGGACCUAUAUACUAGGCGGUGUCAGAUUAAAGCCACAAAAAUGGUCUAAGACUCCAGUCAUCCAAGUCUGUUCUCUCUGCUACCGCAUGGCAAGCAGUACCAGAGUGCCAAGUCUAGGACCAAAAGGCUCCUUAACAGCUUCUACCCCCAAGCAAUAAGACUGCUGAACAAUUAAUCAAAUGGCCACCUGGACUAUUUACAUUGACACCCCCCCCUUUCCAUUUGUAUUUACACUGCUGCUACCCACUGUCUAUUAUCUAUGUACAGUUGAAGUCAGAAGUUUACAUACACUUAGGUUGGAGUCAUUAAAACGCAUUUUUCAACCACUCCACACAUUUCUUGUUAACAAACUAUAGUUUUGGCAAGUUGGUUAGGACAUCUACUUUGUGCAUGACACAAGUAAUAUUUCCAACAAUUGUUUACAGACAGAUUAUUUCACUUAUAAUUCACUGUAUCACAAUUCCAGUGGGUCAGAAGUUUACAUACAAUUAGUUGACUGUGCCUUUAAACAGCUUGGAAAAUUCCAGAAAAUUAUGUCAUGGCUUUAGAAGCUUCUGAUAGGCUAAUUGACAUCAUUUGAGUCAAUUGGAGGUGUCCCUGUGGCAGCAUCAUGCUGUGGGGGUGCUUUGGUGCAGGAGGGAGUGGUGCACUUCACAAAAUAGAUGGCAUCAUGAGGAAAGAAAACGAUGUGUAUAUAUUGAAGCAACAUCUCAAGACAUCAGUCAUGAUAUUAUGAAGUUAAAGCUUGGUCGCAAAUGGGUCUUCCAAAUGGACAAUGACCCCAACCAUACUUCCAAAGUUGUGGCAAAAUGGCUUAAGGACAACAAAGUCAAGGUAUUGGAGUGGCCAUCACAAACCCUGACCUCAAUCCUAUAGAACAUUUGUGGGCAGAACUGAAAAAGCAUGUGCGAGCAAGGAGGCCUACAAACCUGACUCAGUUACACCAGCUCUGUCAGGAGGAAUGGGCCAAAAUUCACCCAAAUUAUUGUGGGAAGCUUGUGGAAGGCUACCCAAAACGUUUGACCCAAAUUAAACAAUUUAAAGGCAAUGCUACCAAAUACUAAUUGAGUUUAUGUAAACUUCUGACCCACUGGGAAUGUGAAAUAAAAGCUGAAAUAAAUCAUUCUCUCUACUAUUAUUCUGACAUUUUACAUUCUUAAAAUAAUGUGGUGAUCCUAACUGACCUAAAACAGGGAAUCUUUACUAGGAUUAAAUGUCAGGAAUUGUGAAAAACUGAGUUUAAAUGUAUUUGGCUAAGGUGUAUGUAAACUUCCUACUUCAACUGUAUAGUCACUUUACCCCUACCUACAUGUACAAAUUACCUCUACUAACCUGUACCACUGCACAUUGACUCGGUACCGGUACCCCCUGUAUAUAGCCUCGUUAUUUUAUUGUGUUACUUUUUAUUAUUUUAAGUGCUUUUAAGUAAGCAUUUCACGGUAAGGUCUACACCUGUUGUAUUCGGUGUAUGUGACAAAUAAAGUUUGAUUUGAUUUAAAUCCUGGUUCUGGGGACCUAGGAUGGGAACACAUUUUUUUCCAGCCCGGCACUAACGCCAAGUUAAACUUGAUAAGUUAAAGUAUGCAUGUUAGUACUUGGAUGGAACGAAUGCUUGUACACCCUGUUUGUCCCUAGGUUUAGCAUUAUUCUAGAAUAUUCAGCCAAAUAAAUUGAAAUAUAGGCCUUUAGUGAUUUAACUCAGAAGCAAAUGUUCAGCCAUAACGGUCUGGUGUGUUUCACCACAGUAUCUUGCAUACUCCUGUGGAUUGGUGAGAGGAGCUUUGUCUAACCUGGGAAUGGACUGCGUGGUGACAGCUGAGAUCUCCCUAAUGGCCUCAUGUGAGUCUCUUUUAUCAUCUUCAUUUAUCAUAUACCAUCAUACCACACCAAACUGUACCGAUACUACAGAGGUUUCAAAUCAGAGAGUAUUCAGUGACAGGCACUUCCUGUAAAGGUUGUUAAGCAGACCAGGGCAAGACUUUGGCUAGCUGGUUGUCAAUGGGGAAAAUGACAAACUCAUCCCUUGUUGGUAGGUUUUCUCUCACUCCAAACACAUCUAGCUUUGAGACAGUUUCUUAAAGAGCUGAAUGUGUCUUCACUAUAUAGCCGCGAAAGUGACAAGAUUAUACAAUUCCAUAUUUGUCAAAAACAACUUUUAUUUCAAAGGACUGCUGUACUGCACAUGCACAGCUUGGCAACUUCAGACGAUCUGGUGUUUCUAAGUAGUUAGCUUGAAGGACAUGACAUGCUAAGCUAGCGUUUCAGCGGUUUCUAUUGAAACAGCCGUUAGAGGCACCUCUUUCUAUAUGGGCCCUCUUUGGACACCAACAGCUCUAUCAGCUUGGUGCAGAACCUGAAGCACUUCAGUGAUUCAUUUUCCAUUAUUAAAGGAGCUACAUGUAAUAUGUUUGUGGCCAGCAAAUCUCUUGUCAAAUUGACUGGGGGUGAGCCAUUUGUAUAAGUACUGCGCGCUAACGGAUUGUAAUCGGUUAGCGUGCCACUCAUGCUUAGUUAAUUUUACAACAAGAACUGGUCUGUCUUUUGUUGACCAAUAAGAAGACUGCACCAUUAGAAUGCAAUUUUGUGUGGGCCCAAUACAUUUUUUGGGGGAAAGAUGUUGUGAAACACUAAUUCCACUAUUACUGUAGAUACACUAUACAAAUACUUAUUUUCCACCAUAAUUUGCAAAUAAAUUCAUAAAAAAUCCUACAAUGUGAUUUUCUGGAUUUUUUUUCCUCAUUUUGUCUGUCAUAGUUGACGUGUACCUAUGAUGAAAAUUACAGGCCUCUCUCAUCUUUUUAAGUGGGAGAACUUGCACAAUUGGUGGCUGACUAAAUACUUUUUUACUUUUUUCCCCCACUGUAUAUACAAAAGUAUGUGGACACACCUUCAAAUUAGUGGAUUUGGCUAUUUCAGCCACACCCGUUGCUGACAGGUGUAUAAAAUCGAGCACACCACCAUGCAAUCUCCAUAGACAAACAUUGGCAGUAGAAUGGCCUUUCUGAAGAGCCCAGUGACAUUCAACGUAGCACCGUCAUAGGAUGCCACCUUUCCAACAAGUCAGUUUGUGAAAUGUCUGCCGAGCUAGAGCUGCCCCAGGCAACAGUAAGUGCUGUUAUUGUGAAGUGGAAACGUCUAGGAGCAACAACGGCUCAGCCGUGAAGUGGUAGGCCACACAAGCUCACAGAACGGGACCACCGAGUGCUGAAGCGGGUAGCGCGUAAAAAUUGUCUGUCCUCUGUUGCAAUACUCACUACCGAGUUCCAAACUACUUCUGGAAGCAACGUCAACACAAGAACUGUUCGUCGGGAGCUUCAUGAAAUGGGUUUCCAUGGCCAAGCAGCCACACACAAGCUUAAGAUCACCAUGCGCAAUGCCAAGUGUCGGCUUGAGUGGUGUAAAGCUCACCGCCAUUGGACUCUGGAGCAGUGGAAACGCGUUCUCUGGAGUGAUAAAUCACGCUUCACCUUUCCUGUUUCAGCAUGACAUUGCCCCUGUGCACAAAGCGAGGUCCAUACAGAAAUUGUUUGUCGAGAUUGCUGUGGAAGAACUUGACUGGCCUGCACAGAGUAUGAAUUGGGACGCCGACUGCGAGCCAGGCCUAAUCGCCCAUCAUCAGUGCCCGACCUCACUAAUGCUCUUGUGGCUGAAUGGAAGCAAGUCCCCACAGCAAUAUUCCAACAUCUAGUGGAAAGCCUUCCCAGAAGAGUGGAGGCUGUUAUAGCCGCAAAGGGGGGACCAACUCCAUAUUAGUGUCCAUGAUUUUGAGAAUGAGAUGUUCGUCGAGCAGGUGUCCACAUACUUUUGGUCAUUUAGUGUAUAUUAAAGACAUUUUCUGAAAUUACAAUGCAAAAAUAUGAAUGACAAGGUGCAUAAUAUGUGGAUACUUUGUCAGACAAUGUUUGUAUUUUUAAGUAAUAUUACCACCUUUUGUGGUCCCACACAGGUAAAUUUCAGGUCGUGAUUCAGAAGAUUUGAAUUGGAUCCACCUCUUUAUGAUGGUAUGUUCAUCUUUGGCAAUAAAAUAAUGUGAAUGUCAACCUUAAGGUCCUUAAAUGUCAUCACAUUGAAGGUGGUUUACUACAUAUUGUUUUUGUAUUAAAAUGUUUAUUUAUUUUCCUUUUUAGAAAGCAAUAGUACAUGGUAAAGAAUUACACACUUGGUAAAGAAUAGUACAUGGUAAAGAAUUACACACUUGGUAAAGAAUAGUACAUGGUAAAGAAUUACAAAAAAAAGAAUCCUCUAUUUAAUUGUCUUUAUCUGAUUAUUUUGUAUCCUGUCUUUGUAUAUUAACUACACAUUUUCUUCAGUGUGACAGUUGUGAAGGUAUUGCAGCUGGUCUGUUGUAUGUAUCAUCUCUGUUCUUGAGGGAAACCAAAUACGAAUUGCAUUUUUAUUCUCAAAUGAUUUUCAUACUUAUCCCAUGUCAUUUCAUUGGCUCUUUGUUGACUGUUUUGCUUAAAGCAACAACAAAUAGUUAAAUAGUAACUUUUUUCUGCCACUAGAGGGUAGUCUCUGCAAAAUACUCUUCUCGACAGCAUGCCUGUCUCGACAGCAUGCCUGAAUGGAAUCGGAGUGCAUUUUCCUUUUAAAAGAGAGUCAAGUUGAACAUUACAGCAGUGAUAUCCAGCUCUCCAGUUGUCUCUUUCAAACUUUGUGAGUCAUGUUAUUAUCUUGGGAUAUGAUCUGUCUGCUUUACCUUGCAUCAAAAGCAAUACAUUUAAGACCUGGAUUGAAAAUAUUGUUUGUACAAAAUAAUACUUUAAAGGGGAAAUCUGCAGUUGCUACAUCCAUUUUUGGACUUAUAAAUUAAUGAUAUGUACCUA